CACGUAUGUGCCCUUAUCUAGUCUUCAAUGGUAACCAAACAAUUAUGUAUGUCAAACAAAAUAUAUUGCAGAUCAAAAUGCGUGUGUUAUUAAUAGCAUUAGUGUUGGUAAAAUUAUGUUUUGCGACUGAUGUAGAAACUGUAAAAGUGCAAUUAGAGCAAGGGUCGUUAUCAGGGACAGUUGAGAAGACUCUCAUAAAAAAACAAAGUUAUUAUACAUUUAGAGGAAUACCAUAUGCUGAUCCACCUACGGGAAAACUAAGAUUUAAGCCACCAGUUGCACACACCGGUUGGGAAGAAACUUAUGAAGCGCGUGAAAACAAACCGACAUGCUUACAACUCAGCUCCCGUAUGCGGCUCGGAGAACCAUACGGCAUAUCUGGUUCCGAAGAUUGCCUAUACAUCAGCGUUUUCACACCAGACCUUAAAGGAUCCAAACCUAUAGUAGUAUUUGACUACAACGAUAAUUUCAGAACAGGUUUCAAUGGAACUGAAACUUACGCCCCAGUAUUUUUCAUGGAAGAAGAUGUUAUUGUAGUCACAAUCAGUCAUAGACUUGGAAUUCUUGGGUAUCUGACAUCGGACGAUGAAGUCAUAAAAGGCAACAAUGGAUUACGAGAUUUCAUUUUAGGUUUAGAAUGGAUAAAGGAUAAUAUAGAGCGAUUUGGAGGAGAUCCCAGCCGGAUCACUAUAAUGGGAAACAGGGGAGGAGCAGUUAUAGCUAACUUGCUGCUGUAUAUCAAACAAGCCCGAGGUCUAUUCAGCGCUGUCAUAAUGCAAAGUGGGAGUGCGUACGAGUCUAUAUAUUUUCACCCAGAUCCCAAACGAACUGCAUUGAAACUUGCAGAACUAGUUAAUGUUACUGCUGACAAUAGUAUUGCCUUAUUAGAGGGAUUACAAGCAGCCGAUGCCAACGUUUUAUUAUCGCAUGAAGCUGAAGUUGUAUACUCUGAACCGCUAGAAACUUAUCAAAUGGCUGUGUUUCCUUUUUCUCCAGUUCUUGAACAAGACUACCGCGGUGCAUUGCUUUCGGAAUAUCCAGAAAAAAGCAAAAUAGUUAACGAUGUACCAGUGCUAAUAGGAUUUAAUUCUAACGAAGGACUAGAUUUGGCUUCUCCAUAUCUGUUCCGUCCAGGCACAGUUGAAUCGCAGAAUGAAGAUUUCUUUUUUAACUUUCCUAUUAGACCUGGAUUUAGAUUUGACAUUAACAGCUCUGCGUAUGAAUACGCGAUAGGUGAGGUGCGUAAAUUUUAUUUCGAAGAUGGGAUUGUCCAAAUGAAAAACAUAAUGGAAUACGCUAACUAUAUUAGUGACGCUUUACAAGUUUUUGCCACACAUACUGGAGCAAAGAAACUGAGCAAAGAAUUGGUUUCUCCAGUAUUUUACUACGUGUUUGAUUUUUAUGGAAUGCUUAACGAAAAUACCAUUUACAUCACUAGACUGGCCAUGGCUAAACUUGUGAAUAAAGGUGCUACAGUGCUAGAUGAACUAUGUUAUCUACAUUUAUGCUCCAGAAUUUUAAGUAAAUAUACUCCUUUAGUCAAACUGGACACAAAACCGGCUGAUUUUAAAUUAUUGAAGAAAAUGGUCCGUAUGUGGACGAAUUUUGCCAAAAUUGGUGACCCUACUCCACGAAAGACGGUUCAAGAUAAUAUACUAAAAGAUUUCACUUGGCCUCCAGUAAGAAAAGGUACAGAAGGGACAAACUACUUGCACAUCACCAAGAAUCUAAAAAUUGAGGAGAAUCCAAUUGGAAUACGGGAAGAUUUCUGGAACAUAUUUCUAGAAAAAUAUUCCAGAAUGGCUGACAACGACGGGGUGGUGAGACAUAAUGUUGCGAGAGAUGAGUUUUGACAGAAUAUGAAUUAAAUUUGUUUUCUAUUAUAA